AAAAUUCAUAAGAAUUUGUUAAGCCGACGUGGUGUAUUUCCAGUCCCGACUUUCUCCUAUCUAAUUCUCCCGGCGAGGCGAUUAUCUCCGCCACCACCACAACCGGAUGUCUAGGUUUCUCACCACCUCCGUCCACAUCUCCGCCGCUAUCCUCACCAAAUCCCGCUCUCCUCUUUACCUACCUCCCUCUUCUUUCUCCCCUCCGCAUUUCACUUCCACUUACCACCGUCAUCUUCCUAAACCUCACCGCUCCAUUUCAAUCCGAGCCGUUGAUUCCUCAUCGGAUACCAAAAGUGAGGAUGUUUCGUCGGAGGAUAGGACCGAGUUGAAGUCGGAAUUGGAUAGUAAUGGCAGUUUGAGAGGCGAUGGUGAUUAUCCUAGCGGUGAAUUUGAAUUUGAAACGCCAGGCGCGUGGAAAAGCUUCGUGGUGAAGCUGCGGAUGCUAAUUGCUUAUCCCUGGCAACGUGUUCGUAAAGGCAGUGUUCUCAAUUUGAAAUUGCGUGGACAGAUAUCGGAUCAGGUGAAGACCCGAUUCUCUUCGGGGUUAUCCCUGCCUCAAAUCUGUGAAAACUUGAUAAAGGCAGCAUACGAUCCUCGUAUAUCUGGUGUUUAUCUUCAUAUCGAAACCCUGAACUGUGGGUGGGCUAAGAUUGAAGAAAUUAGAAGACACAUAUUGGAUUUUAGAAAGUCAGGAAAGUUCAUUAUUGGUUACGCACCUCUCUGGGGUGAAAAGGAGUAUUACCUUGGUUGUGCCUGUGAAGAACUGUACGCCCCUCCAAGUGCGUAUUUUUCAUUAUACGGUUUAACUGCUCAAGCACAAUUUCUUGGAGGUGUACUUGAGAAAGUAGGCGUGGAACCACAAGUGCAGAGAAUCGGUAAAUAUAAAAGUGCUGGUGAUCAGUUAACUCGCAAGAAUAUAUCUGAAGAAAACCGUGAGGUGCUUAAUACAUUGCUUGAUAAUAUCUAUGGAAAUUGGGUUGAUAAGAUUUCUCAAGCCAAAGGAAAGAAAAAGGAAGAAAUCGAGAGUUUUAUCAAUGAAGGAGUUUACCAAAUAGAUAAGUUGAAAGAAGAUGGAUGGAUUACAGAUAUUAAAUAUGAUGAUGAGGUUACAUCUAUGUUGAAAAAAAAAUUGGGCAUUGCAGAAGAGAAAAAACUCCCGAUUGUUGAUUACAAGAAAUACUCAAAAGUUAAGAAAUGGACUGUGGGGUUAUCUGGUGGCAAGGAUAAAAUUGCGGUAAUUAGAGCUUCCGGUAGCAUCAGUCGUGUACGGGGACCAUUUAGUUCACCUAGUUCAGGCAUUAUUGCUGAGCAAUUCAUUGAGAAGAUUCGCAGCGUACGAGAGUCAAAAAGGUACAAGGCUGUUAUCAUCCGGAUUGACAGCCCUGGAGGUGAUGCUCUUGCUUCUGACUUGAUGUGGAGGGAAAUCAGACUACUGGCUGAAUCUAAGCCUGUAGUUGCAUCAAUGGUUGAUGUGGCAGCUAGUGGAGGAUACUAUAUGGCCAUGGCAGCACAAACUAUACUCUCGGAGAACCUUACUUUGACUGGUUCAAUUGGCGUUGUUACAGGUAAGUUCAAUUUGGGGAAACUUUACGAAAGGAUCGGUUUCAACAAGGAAGUUAUUUCAAGGGGACGAUUUGCUGAGUUGACUGCUGCUGACCAGCGGCCAUUCAGACCCGAUGAAGAGAAACUAUUUGCGGAAUCUGCUCAAAAUGCUUACAAACAGUUUCGUAACAAGGCAGCAUUUUCAAGAUCAAUGAGUGUAGAUAAAAUGGAGGAGUUUGCUCAAGGAAGAGUAUGGAGUGGUAAUGAUGCCGCUUCACGGGGUUUAGUUGAUGCAAUUGGCGGCUUUUCACGGGCUGUCGCUAUAGCCAAACACAAGGCCAACAUACCUCAGGACAAACAGGUUACUUUGGUUGAGUUGUCAAGAUCAUCACCCUCUUUACCAGAAAUCCUUAGUGGAAUAGGGAGCUCGGUAAUCGGGAUAGACAUGGCAUUAAAGCAGCUAAUGGAUGGCUUAGCAUCAAGCGACGGGGUGCAAGCCCGUAUGGAUGGAAUCAUGUUUCAAAGAUCAGAAGGAUCUUCAUUUGCAAAUCCUAUUUUCAAUCUGCUUAAAGACUACUUGAGUUCUCUUUGAUCCCAUGAGCUUAUACUUUUCGACAAGCACCAUGAAGCAAGUCAAGGCGGAAGAUGGAGACCCGCGUUUUAUAUGUUUAAGGCCUUUUGCCAAAUCCCAAUUCAGAAACCAAAAUAUUGAAACCAAAGGACAGUAGACCAUAUUGGAUGUAACUAUAGAAUUGUAUAUGUUCACAACAGUACAAAUCAAAGUUCUUGUUUUAUAGUGAUGGAGAUAUUUAAGCCUCAUUUUUAUUUU